CUCGAAACGGUCCGCAUCACACGCGGAUGCAAUUCUCCUUCACCACACAGAAAGAAGGCCUUCUGCAGCUGCCGCAAAACAAUACACCUACAGGAAGGGUGAGGCAGAGAGAUAAAAAAACGACAAAACCGUGUUCAACAACCAGCGACGGUGGCAACGGUAGCGAUGUGCUGCUGCACCACGCGAGUACCGCAAACGAUGGCAGCAGCAGGCGGUGUCGUUGUACUAAAAGUGUACUAAAAGUGAGUGGUGCGAGUGAAACGUGGCACACGGAAAACUGCCCGCAAAUCAUAUUUUUAUCCGCGUCCUUCCCUUCUUCCGUUCCUCCUCUGACCAGUGUUUGUACGUGUGUUCCGCACGAGCGUGUGUGUGUGUGCAUCGAAAAGUGGCGAAGGGAGCACCGGAAAGUGUUAUGAUUGCUGCGGUUCGGGAAAUGUAGCGAGAGGAGUCCGGAAUACUGAAACAAAGGGGGGGAGGGUCGUCCUUUGGGUGUUGUUUGAUGCUGGGCAAUGCUCUCUAGUGUACCGAUUUGUGUGUAUGUGUGUGUGUGCUGAAAAAGGGAAAAUAAUUAUACAAAAAAGAGAGAGAGAGAGAGAGAGAAAGCAACAAAACGGAAGUGCAACGCAAAACGUCAUUUCGUGGCAAAUCGUCUGUGCGUCUGUGUGCGUCUGUGUGUGUGUGUGUCUGUGUGCGUGUGCCCGUGUGAUCAGCAGCAUUGAUCCGGCGUAAUCGACCGGAAGAGCGAAACCAACCAGCGAGCCACGAGCGGCCGGUGGCGCGGUGUGCCAACGCCGGCCGGAUGAUGGCGCCGGCAGCGGUAGCGGUAGCGGCAGUGACGACGAUGGCAACGAGACGACGGCAAGGAGCAGCCAUCAGGCUGGUGUGGUGGUGGCAGUGGACCGCCUCGGUACUGCUGAUAAUUAGCAGUUUAUAUAAUCCGUCAGUGGAAGCACAACAGAGACCGAAAAUUACGGAACACCCGAAGGAUGCGGUCGCGGCAAAGGACGAACCACUGACGCUCAACUGCAAGGCGACGGGCCGGCCACCGCCCGAUUUCAUCUGGUACCAGAACGGGGUACCGCUGUCCCAGUCCGAUCGGCGUGUUAUCCUCCCCGAAGGUUCCCUCUUCUUCCUAAGAGUGACACAGAACAAACGGGAACAGGAUGCCGGUGUGUAUCAUUGCGAGGCCCGCAAUUCGGCCGGUGUCGCUAUCAGCGAGAACGCAACGCUCCAGAUCGCGGUCCUGCGGGACGAUUUCCGGCUAGUGCCAAAGGAUACGGUCGCCCUGGUCGGUGGUCCGGUAAUCCUCAACUGUACACCACCUCGUGGCAUUCCCGAACCGUCGGUACUGUGGAUCAAGGAUGGCAAGAUACUGGACAUAAACGGGAAGCACCAUUCGCUGGUCGAUUCCGGCAGUCUGCUCAUCUCGGAGAUACAACCGAGCGAUUCGGGACGGUACGAGUGUUCGGCGCAGAGUAUGGCCGGUACGAAGACGACUCCGCCGGCCUAUCUGAAGGUGCUGGCACCACCGACCAUCGUCAAGAGUCCGCACGAUACGGAGGUGCUCGAGGGUGAGGGUUUCGAUCUACCCUGUGGCCUGACCGGUGAUCCGAAACCGAUCGUUACGUGGCGUAAGGAGAGUGGCCGGUUACCCGAGGGUCGUUCGCGUAAACUGCUCGAUAAUACGCUCCGGAUCGAGGAUGCACGGCAGGAGGACGAAGGCAAAUACUUCUGUGAAGGCCAUAACGAGGGUGGCAAUGUGACCAUCUCGGUGUAUUUGUACGUGUACGAGGCGCCCACGUUUAUGGAAGCACCGGUCGAUGUGGUCAUACGGGAGGGCGAAUCCAUUACCUUGCCCUGCCGAGCGAAAGGUCGACCCGGGGUGCGCAUCUUCUGGGAUCGAAUCGACCGGAAGCACGUCGAUAACAGUGAGCGCGAGGGAGCACAAGACUCAGCCUUGCACGGUGGCCUCGUUGGUGAAGAGCACCAUCACGAUGGUGGAACGUCCGGCACGCUAGAUGGGAGUCAUAGUCGGCGAAGGAGAUACGCAUUCGCUCCCGAUCUACCGCCGGUCGCUUCGUUCGUCUCGAACAGCAGCGAAGGUGGCAAUUGGUCCAUCAAGAUCUUGCCCAUCUCGGAGCGGCAACUACAGCGUCAGUACCCAUCCCGUCUGGUAGCGCUACGGAGUGAGUUCGAGCAGAAGCAUCGAUUGCUGCUCCGAAGUCGUCGUAAUGCGGCAUCGCUUGAGGAUGCGGAUGAGCAACACCAGCAACAGCAGCAGGAGAUGGGAGAGGAUGGGACGGUGUCGACGGUAGCGACUCCAGGCCACUCUUCGACGGUCCAUCCACCGAGCAGUAGCGUGAUCGAGUUCGAGGAAACUGGUGGUCUUACACUGAAGCAGGUAUCCAAGGGUGAUGAAGGGUGGUACGCUUGUGCGGCCAUUAACGAGGCCGGUAGUAUCGUAAAGAAGAUCCACAUUAAGGUGCUCGAUGCGGAAGAACCGGUGGAUGCAAGGAAGGAUCAGAUACCGGCUUACGAACAGCAUCGGUGGGUCAACAACCAUCAGUUCAUAGUACUGAACAACGUCUACACAAUCUCCGCUAGCUCGAUCGGUAUCACGUGGGAUGUGACGGACAGUACGUCGCGGAUGCAGCUCCGCAUGUACUACCGUGUCGCAUCCCGGUCGGUCGAUUACUAUCUAUACAACUCGUCCUUCAGUAGCGUGUUAACGACGAGCAACCUCAAGGAGCUGACACUGACCGGGCUGAGACCGUACAGUGAGUAUGAGAUCUUUGCCAGCAUACCGGAGGGAUUGGCAGGUUCGGUGUCGAAUGUGCGCCGUGGUAAGACCCUCGAUGGACCACCGACAGCCCCACCGACCGAUGUGCGAGUGGGUGUGAUUAAUACGACGGCUGCAUUCGUCCGUUGGUCCCCUCCGCCGGUGCAUCUGCUUAACGGUGAGCUGACAGGGUAUAAGAUCCAAAUCAAAUCGAAUGCCACCAACAAGGUGCUGGGCCAGAUGUCACUGAAUUCCUCGACGCAAUCGGUCGUCAUCAAUAGUCUUACGCCGGGGGCAAUGUACAUAGCACGUGUUGCAAGUUUAACCGCUGGCGGUAUAGGUCCUUACAGUUCUCCAACGCCGCUUCACAUGGAUCCGCAAAACAUUGUGAGAUCCGAUCCAACACCCAGCUACUGGACCUCAUCGUGGAUGUCAGGCACGGCGCUGGUGGUGCUGUGCGUAGGGCUGAUAAGUGGAGCCGUUUUUGCAAUCUUCUGGACGGUACGCAAGAAACAGAGCGUGAAGGCUUCCUAUCCGGGGCCCUCGGUGACAACGAUCAUACCGGACAAGCAGCACACGCUCUGGCUGCACGGUAACACUCUCGUCAAGGCACCAUCACACUCGCUCGAUCCACCGAGUACAUCGGAGUACGCCGAGCUCACGAACAACACGAUGCCUUCACAGCAACAGCAGCAACAACAGCAACAAGGCAAGGGAGGAAUGAUGAUGAUGGGUGGUAGCAUACCACCGGAACCGUAUGCUACGGUAACACUGCAACGUGGUGGCAUGAUGACCCUCGGUGGUCUGGGAGGUGGUGUGGGCAAUAUGGGACCACCGACGCUAUCCGAGGAGUCGUGUAUGAAGUGCUCCAAUGGUAACAGUCCGGUCUCGAGCAACGAGUACAAUGCGCCAAUGCGGGAACCAAUCAACAUAUCAGACGUACUGCCACCUCCUCCGGAUCAUCCGUACGGUACGUACCGGCCCCCGAACAAUAUGACGAUCCGCACCAAUCCGGCCGCCCUAUCACCGCAAAUGAUGCGCAAGGGUCCUCCUGGAGUGCCACAAUCCCAGCAGCAGCAACAGCAGCAGCAGCAGCAACAGCAGCAACAGCAACGGUGGGGAGAAACAUUACCCCCGCCUAUCCCGAGCUUCCCACAGAACUGGAUACGUCCGCAUCCUCAGCACCAGCAGCAGACGCUUGGACAUCACCAUAUGAUGUCUAGUAGGCCGGAUAUGUACAACAAUGUGGACGGGACGGAGAAUGAUUACGAGAGUGGUUCGGUACUGUACGAGCAGUGCUACCGGACGGGGCCACCGUCUAGUGGUGGGGGUAGUGCCGGUGGUGGCAGUGCCAUGACCGAUCCGAUGCUGAUCGGCGGUAACGUCGAGUUUUUCAGUCAAGCCGGUGAACCGACCGAGGAGUUCUAUCGCAACGUAAACCAGGAGUUCUCGGACGAUAUGGGUUUCGAGCCGGCCAGCCCGCCGGCACCAUGCCCUGAGGCAGUUCCGUUCAACGGUGGCGGUAGCAAGUAUCUGACAUCCGGCGACAGUCCUAUGAUGACGGCUCGGAGACUCCACAACGGUGCUGGUGGUCCACCACGUGGCUAUGGCACCGGACCGAUGAAUCAUCAUGCUCAUCAUGCUCACAGCCAUCAUCACCAUCAGCAGCAGCAGCAGCAACAACAACAACAGCAGCAGCAGCAUCAGCAGCAAUCGAUGCACCACGGACAGAACAGCGUGGAGCACAGUUCCGACGAUAGCGAGUGUGACUGUGGCAAUGGUAGUAACGAGGGUCGGUGGGUACCGCGGACGAAACCUCGGACCCGCAGUCGCUCCAAGUCAACCGAUCGAAAGUACAAUCGGAAUCUCAUACGAUAAGAGCACACAAGCCGCCGAGAGUAGAAGCAGGCAGCGCUGAACGUGCAACAUGUAUCUAUAGUCGCGAAAACGGGGAAGGGGAACGAGAAGGUUAGGACCAUCCAAGUCGUCCGAAUUCCGAGGGCGCAAAGUAUAGAGGCUAAACUACUAAACUACUAGGCAACACACUCGCAAAGAAUGCAAAAUCAAAUUCAUCAUCUAGCGGUUUUCAUCAUCCAUUAUCUCGCUCUCUAUCUCUCUAUCAGUCUCUCUCUAUAUAUAUGUAUAACUCUUCCAUUCGCUCAUCUCUCGCAUCUCGCUCUCUCGUACUCACCCUGGUUCUGGUUAUAGACGGGACAGUUUAACGCAAUUUAGCAUCUUACUAAGAAAGAGCAGUUGGGGAAAACGGGGAGGACACAUUUAUAUCAAGUCAAGGACAAGGUCUCCGGUCUCCUAGGGCCAGCGGGUACACAAAACACAAACACUUCAAGUAACUAGAGUUGCGUUUAGCAUUUUCGUAGCAUCAUAGUUCCAAGUUUCAAACCUUCUUUCAGGGGCCAGCUCACUUAGAUUUUUGUGCCGGUCACCAUGCGCAACCGGCGAACGAUGCUUGUUGCCAAGGAUGGGUCCAUUGCACUUUUCGCAAACGGAACUUUGCAUCCCUGCGCUUGGGUUGAUUUGACAAAUUCCGUCUAAUGGUCGAGUAUUUCCUUCAAUUCAAACAUUCGAUUAUCUUGCUACUGCCAUUAUGAAAGACCUCAUAGAGCGACGAAGUACAGAACAAUUCAAGCGCAUGCUUGAACUAUCGGUGUUCUGAUCUAGUAUCAAGGACAGAGCGUGGUCGGUUUUGGGAUGCGUGGUUUUGGAACUUGUCUACAUAUCAAAUGGCUCCCCCAAAAAAAAAACAUCAUGAAACCAAAGCAAAGGAGGCGCGGAAAUCGUGUGCCAUACUUACAUAUAGCCGCUAGCGAGAGCAACAGAAACAGAGACGUAAAGAGUAGAAUCUUCCGGCGGUUCGACCUCGCCUAGCCAUCAUUGCAUGCCAAAACACUGUUCCCGGGUUCCGGGGAAGAACAGAUAGUAGCUUUCAAUCCUCAGACCACUCCGCUGCUGAGCAAGCCAAGGCGCGAGCGCGCCUUUUAUGUGUGUAUACUAUCCCCAUGGCGACCGGACAGAGACUUCGGGAACAUCUAGCUAGUUAAAGCACAACAUAAAUCGGAAAAAUUUAACGAUCAACGACUCAAACUGCGUCUGCCAAAGUCCACAGAAAGGUAUCGGUAAGGUAUUGCCUUUGAUUCUGCCGCUGCAUGCGGGUUCUGUUACUGCCGUAAGUAGUAGGUAGCGGCCGCUAAUAAUGCCAAUACGCUUGCUUUGUGUGCGGUAUCCAUGCCGCCAUGCAAUCAUCAUGUCAUAAGUGUGUGGUGUACAGUGUAUGUUGUGUACGUGUUUCGCGAAAGGAUGUGGAUUCUGUUGAGCUAAUACCUAGUUUACGAUGUCCGUUUCGUACCCUUUGUGUUUCGUUCGUUUGCUGGCUCGUUUCGUUACCAAGUUAGGUGUUCACAAAGAAGAGCAAGAUUGUAAAGCGCAUAUAUCUAUAUAUAUACAUACAUACAUACAUAUUAUGAGUAUAUAUACACAAACACACACAUGCAGAUACACUUUGGCCCAAAAGCAGGAUGAUAAGUGGAGCAAACUAACCGGUAUUCCCGGGAGAGACACUAAUAAUUCACAUUGUCCCAUCGCGCAGGGAAGCAACACCGGGUUAGAUGGGAGUUCGGAAACAAAACAAACAAAUCAAAAAAGUGAAGUGAAAGAAUAGAAACAUCGGGGAAAAUGGAACACAAUAUCCACAUAGAUCAACAAAUGAACAUGAACAAAAGACAGGAGAGGUCCGCUGGAAGGAAUGCAAAAGUAAAUUUAAAUAUAUAUAAAUAUAUCAACUGUGAUAAUGAACCGAAACAAACAUAAUAAUGCAGAAGCAGAAGACGGAGAACGGUAAGAAAAACAAGAGAAAAUAGAACAAGUCGGAAAGGACGCGAGCGGAAAGCCAGGCCGCUAUAAGGCGCUGCUGUCGGGUUUUCUCUUCCAAGAUCUUUACCCUGAACACCGUUGAACCCACAACAGGACACAGCACAACAUUUUGGAUCCCCCUGUAUUGCUACACUUGAUGCAGUGUAGUGCGGCCUGUGUAACCGAUACAGAGAAGCAAAUGCCAUAACCUACCAAAAAGAAAGAAGAAAGAAAAACCAGUCGAGAACAGAAGAAGCGCUCCGUCGCCAAAUGCAUUAAAAAAUCAUGCAUUACACAUAUUGAAGUAUAUCUAUAUAUAUAUACAUAU